AUGGGUUCGCCGACGCGGUCGCUUCGGGUGGGAAACUGGCCUGCAGGGCUCGGGGUGGUGUAUCGAUAUCCAUAGCUUCAUAGUGUGUUCCUGUGCACGAAGAUUUGCAGGGACCCUGUACAUCAGAUCUGAGCGAUCUCGAACGGAAUAGAACAAGCCCUGACAUUCAGGGGGCGAGAGCCCGAGUCCACGACAAGAGCUCGGGAAAGGGACACACGUUUCUUGGCUCGUUCGCCGUCGUCGUUCCCACCGAGAGGGUUCCUAAAGGGCGAAUUGGGAGGGAUCGCCCGGGGCUGCUGCCAUUCGUACUCCAUCGGGGCCUCGGUGCUGCGACGUUCAUUCGUCGUCGCGCUCAACGGCUGCCGCGCCGGCGUCGACUGGUGGCCGCCUGGAGGGGGGGGGAAGCGGCGCAUCCUGGUGGGAGGCAAAGUGUACGCUCUGGUUCUUUAAUAACUGACUGCGGUUACCAAGUUGGGGCAUCAUCAGAAGGCGAACACGGUCAGGUUGAAGGCGCUCACAGUACGGACCGGGAGCGAGGGCGUUGAGUGACCGAGAGUCGAGUCGGGCGCGCCGAGACAACCCGGCCGCCACGUGCACUUCAAGACCACUCAGUACAGGAUCCAAGGUCGGUGACGCGAGGAACGUUGCGCGACAGUCUUCGACCUCGGGGGCUCGGGUGGGCGAUGGCGGUGGCGAUGUUGACGAGUGGGUGUUCACGUCACGAGAGGGCAAGGUGCUCGACGAAGGCUUCGCGCGCUCACAUCACCGUGCAUUACCAAUCGACAGAGUCUCGCACUGA